AUGGGUCGUAUGCUGCGGUUCAUGGAGACUAUGACUCAGGUCGGUUUAUUUCUGGCAUACCCAGCCACAUCUCAGGAGGGCGGGGGAGUAGAGACCCCUACUGCGCAGGCUCAUGGGCAGGCAACUGCUUUUCCAGCUUCUGAUAUGAUCGCACUUGCGUAUGGGCAGCCGCAUGUGCGAGCUCGCGGGUAUGAAGGUGAGGAGCAGGACCUGAGACAGAUUGCUAUUUAUGAUAAGGUCUCAAAAACUGCUAUUGCAAUUGUCACUGUUGCUUGGUUAAGGGUUGCAAUGAUACCUGUAGCUGCCAAUGAUGUGGCUUUCUCUACUCAUGUUGUUGCUUUAACAGCAUUUACCUUAUUACAGAUUGCUAUUUAUGAUCGUGGAAAUCAGAAGGUCCCAAAAACUGCUAUUGCAAUUGUCACUGUUUCUUGGUUGAGUGUUGCAGUUUGUAUUUUUGUGGCUUUCCCUAAAUACUCUUGGCUAUUUCUAGUUUCCUGCUUCAACACAUUGCAGGUUGUUAUGACAGUAAUUAAGUAUAUUCCCCAUGCUGUUAUGAAUUUUCGGCGAAAAAGCACAAUUGGGUUUAGUAUUGGCAACAUUUUGCUGGAUUUGUUUGGAGGUUUAACAAAUUAUGGGCAGAUGGCAGUGCAAUCCACAGAUCAGCAUUCUUUGGUUAACUUUUAUGGAAACAUCGGCAAGACCUUAUUGUCGUUGGUGUCGAUAUUCUUGGACAUUCUCUUCAUUGUGCAACAUUAUGUGCUCUAUCCUUCUAGGAAAGAAGUUGCUUCUCUUGAUUUUGAUGUGACACCAAGGGACUUUGAGGGACGCUGA